UUUGAAGACACCCCACCUCUAGUAUAUAAGGAUUGCAACCUAGAACUACAACCAGUAUCUUCUGAACAGAGUACCAGUAAAAUGAACAGAUUUGUGGUCGCACUUUCCUUUAUUGCCUGUGCCUAUGGCGCUCCCAGCAACUAUGGAGCUGUCCAUGCUGGAGCCUAUGGAGCCAUCCAUGCCCCUGUUGCUAUCGGACAAACCCAGCACACCUAUGCUGCCGGACCUGCUGUUGUGCAGAACCAUGUUGAGUAUGGAGUUGUAGGACAUCAGACCGUCCAGGUUGGAACCCAGUCCGUUCAGGCAGGACACCAAUAUGUCCAGGCCGGACAAGAAAUUAUCCCCCAACCUGCCUCCACCUACGCUGCUGGAGCUCCCCAGAACCUUGUUGAGACCAGAGCUCUUCCCGCUCCUGUUAUCCCCAACGUUGCUCCUUAUGCCGCCGCUAUCCCUCCCGCACCCGUCCCAGCUGGACCUGCCCCACUUGAUACUGUUGUCCAGCAGAAGAUCCUUGCUCCUCUUAGGACCCACACCAGAAUCACCCCCGUCCAGACCAACAUUGUUCCUCAACUCCAGGUCAACAAGUACAACGUUGAUGUCCCCGUCAAUGUCCCUGUUCCCGUUGAGAGAGAGGUCCUUGUCACCAAGCAUGUUGCCAAGCCCUACACCGUUGAGGUCCCCAGGCCUGUUGCUGUCCCUGCUCCCUACAAGGUUCACCCCGUCCAGGAGAUUGUUGAGCAGCCCCAUAUCCAUCAUGCCACCUACACCCAGACCGGAUAUGCUCAGGUCGCCGCCCCUGUCGCCACUUAUGCUCAUGCUGCCCCUGUUGCCCAGGCUGCCUAUGCUGUUGCCCCAAUUGCCCAUGCUCAGUACGCUCAAGUCGCCCCUGUUGCCCACGCUCAGGUCGCCUACGCCACUGCUCAUUAAACCUCUCUCAAUAUGUAAACAAAGGCUGUGUGUCCCCCAAAACCUGUUUGAACUUGUACACUGUUCAGAAGACUCAAUCUUUCCUUACGUACUGUACAAGUUUAGCCACUGUAUCCCUUCUACUUUGUUCAGGGGGAGACUGUGCAGUACGUUUGCUGGUGACACACAAAACAAACAUUCAAACAUGUGUGUAAACCAGUUGGCAUUUACUUGUAUUAUUUUGUGUAAUAAAAUUUAUAUGUGUGAA